AUGCGAUUCAGCAUACCAACCUUGCGCCCAGCCCCCAUCGAUCCUUCCCUUGAGAAAAACUCCGGCCACACAUCAUGGCAACCAUCAAUAUCGAGUGGAAGCCGCCCAUUCCCGUGCGGUCAAUGUUCGCGGGCCUUCAAGUGCGACCGUGAUCUCCAACGCCAUAAAUGUAUCCAUGUUGCGCCUAAACCUUUCCCGUGCGGCCACUGCCAUAGGAGCUUCUCACGCAAAGACACCCUCAAGGUGUGUUCGACUGUUCAAUAG